AGGAUUUGGCUCUGACUAUAAGAUAUGCUCUCACUCAUUCUAAUGCGUUCAACUAGCUCUAUUUGCAUAGCUUCAUUCAUCAGACGCUGUCAUUCAAUGUUGCUUAAUCCAGGUCUGUGUAUAUAUAAGUGGAGUUGGAAUAUAACUGCAUCAGCUACUACCAAGUGUUCACAACAGGAAACCUCAUCAUUUGAGACCAGCCUUUCACGUUUAUAACUUGGAAGCCUGAAAAAUGAAGCCUAAAAUGAAGUAUUCAACCACCAAAGUUUCCCCAGCGAACAUAAGCAGCUCAGCGGGCAAAGCCUUGGUAAAACCUCCCAAGUUAAGAAAAUCCCGAGUGAAGGCUGCAGAAGUUUGCCAGACAUAUUUUAUGCAGCUACGCUCGGGCCUUCUGAUAGAAAAGAAGGCCUGUGACUCUAGGAAAGGAGCCACUGGAAGGUUUUCACCAAGAACAGAUAGAAAGGAACAUCUGGUAUUCGCUGCCUGUCAGGAAAACCUUGAACGGUCUGUGGAGGGCUUCGCCUUUGAUAAACCUCUGGGCCGGAGAUAUUUUAAAACAGGUAAUAUUCCAAUUUUCCAAGAACAGUCUGCUUUCCUGACUACAUACAACGAUCAAUCCAUUUCUUUUGUUUUUGAGGAUGGAAGUUAUGAGAUCUAUGUUGAAGAGCUGAGGAAAAACCAAGAGAAAGACCAAGUACUAUUCCGUUACUAUGACCCUGGAUCCCCCUCAAGUCAAACAGAUGAUAGUGUUGAUGGUCAGAAGUUAAUGGUAAACCUGCGUCCUACAAAAUGCAAAGACUUCUCGCUGCAUGCCAACAACAAGGAGUACUCCGUGGAGCUACAAAAAUGUGCAAACCCAUUGCCAGACCAGGCCUUCUUUCUCCUGCAUGAGGAGCCCUCCAAAUGUGUUUCAUUUGAAUGUAAGAACGAUCCUGGAGUGUUUAUAGGAGUAAAGGACAACCACCUUGCUCUAAUUAAAGUAGAGGACGAAACUGCGGGUUCAAGUAGAGAGAAUAUCAUAUUUAAGCUCUCUUAAACUUAAUGUGAUGGGAAGCUGUGGAUCUUGGGUUGGGUAGCCCAAAUAGCUACCAUUGGAGAAGGGAUGAGAGAUAAAGAAAGAGGCAGAUAACAUUGAGGGUAAUGGAGCCUGCUUAGCAUGCUGUGGAAUGUUUUCCUUGUUAUGUGUAAAAAUAUUUUUUUGUAAUCUUUCCGUUCUGUUUUUUAUUUCCCUCUGUAUCACCGCAUAUUCAAUACGAGUAUUGGUAUAUUAAAGAGUAUUGGUAAAGAGAUCUGCCAAUAUUCUGAAGAGAUACAGCCUGACCUUUGCUUUUUUCCACUUUCAGUCCAGAAAGAACUUCAUAUUUAGAGCUGAGACCUGUGGGAAGAAGCAAGGGCCUUAGCCCAAGUCUCACUCUAGACAGGGAUCCAUUUUAAAGUGCUACAUAGGGACACAGUUUUCCAAACAAUAGACUCAAACACUACAGCUGCUAGUAAAAAGACACCCAGGUGGUACAUAGGUUGCCCAUUUCACAAGUGGACUAAACACCAAGUUUGUUUGUAGAUGCCCGAAACUUCAGAUGCCUAUAUGGCUAGGUAGG